AAAAAUCAAAUCUCCAAAAAACAACUGCCUUCAAUCAUCUAUUCUGUGUUUUACUAGUCAAUAGUUUAAUAGUUAUAUGAGUUAAAACAAUUAAACCAUGGAGAUAAAUGACCCGUACGUCAAGUACAAAUUCAUUGUAAAAAAAUGGGAAAAUAAUUUUAUAAAGAGCAAUAGCAGAAACCCAGGAAAGGAGGAUAUUAAAUUAGCUGACGAAAAAGUUAAAUAUGCUUACAAAAUGUAUUGGAAAAUCAAAACUUCAUUGCUUGAAAAGAGUCUGUUAGGCGGAUUAGACGAUGUUGACGAUGCUACAAUUGAUGAAAGUAUGUUUCUUAAUAAUACGAAUGAGCCAUCAACAGGUAACGAGCUAAGUGUUGCAGAAUCGUCAACGGAAGUUAACAAAUCAUCUGUUUGGGGUGAACAUUUAAGUAUUAAAUCUAAUCCUGUAAAACAGGUUGUCGCUAAACCAGUUGAUAACAGUGUUUCAGUGAAAUACUCUAAAAAGCUAUUUGAUGGCUGUGAUUUUAAAAAAAGGAAUCCUAGAAAAAGUUUAAUAAAAAAAAAGUCCAAUGAACUUAAUUGCUCUCAAAUUUUAACUGAAGAAGUUACAAAUGUACAAGAAGACAGUGCUUUUCACGAUGAUUCUAAUUUAUCAGCAGUUACCGUUGAUUCUGAUGUAUCAAUUAAUAGUACAGUUAAAGUUUCAAAUAUUUCUUCGUUUAUAUCGCAACCAUUGAGCAUGUUACAGAAAAAUUUGAAUACAUCGGAGCAAUCUCCCAAAUUAGUUACAAUUGGUAGAAAAAUAGAUGAAGGUUGGUUAGAAAGAUGUAAUGAAAAUAACUCUAAAGUAACUAACUUGAAUGUGGUCGAACAUGCUUCCAACCCAGUAAAAGAGACUGAAAGUGAUACUGAUAUAAUUUAUGAGAGCGAUAAUGAAACUCAAGAUAUACCUUUGUAUUCAUCUCAACGAAUAAAAGCUCAAGAAGUGAACCAUGAAAUCAGUGAGAGCUGUAAUAAAGAAGAACUUAAUAUGAACUCUACAAACAGAAGCGCAAAGAAACGCUACAAUAGUGAUGAUGAUUUAGAAGAUUCAGUACCGCAAUCAAAAUUAACGAAAUAUCAAGAUAAUGAAAAUAUUAAAUUGUCAAAAAAAGACAAUAACAAAAAAAUGUCGUUGGAAAAUAAAGUAUCUAGCGGCAAAGCGAGUGAAAACUUUGUGCGAUUGGAUAUGAAAAGAAAAAUUUAUAGCCGUGGUAAGAGAUCAAUAAAAACAACAACGUACAAGAAAAAACAAUGGAAAAAUAGAAAGAAAGAAUUAGGAGGAGACUUCUCAUCUACGGAACGUUCAUCGUUAUUGAAGUGUUUUAAAUGUGGCGAUGUAGGACAUUAUUCUAAGAAUUGUCUUAAAAGUAACGAGUUAAUACCAUUAGAAGAUAUCGAAGAGGAUGAAAGUCCUUUCCUUACUCUUGAAGAAGCUAAAAAACUAGCUGUUGAUAAAAUAGAUAAAGCUCAUAGUAAAAAAUGGAACAAUCAGUCAAUAAUACAAGCUGAACUUAAUCAGGCAGUCGAACAGCCUCAGCCCUCAUUGGAUGACCCCUUAAGAUCUGAAAUUGUUCAUCCAGUGUAUGAUCUUCGUGGAGAUAAAUCUAUUAUAGAUACUCCAGAUGAAGUUUAUAAAGCUCUCGAGCUAUUUGGUCAUAAAAGCUUCCGUCCUGGUCAAGAGAAAGCGAUUAUGCGUGUUCUCUCUGGUCUUUCAACUUUAGUUACAUUAUCAACGGGAACUGGAAAAUCGUUGUGUUAUCAGUUACCGGCUUACCUUUACCAUAAAAAAACAAAAUGUAUCACUUUAGUAGUUUCUCCUCUCAUAUCGUUAAUGGAAGAUCAAGUUGGAGGCGUGAAUGCUGUAAAUUUAGCUUGUCUUCAUAAUAAUCAAACCCCUAAAGAACGUGAUAUUAUUAUAGAAAGAAUGACUAGUGGAGAAUUAUCAAUCCUUCUUGUUUCACCCGAGGCCAUUGUUUCUGGUUUCAACACUGAAUGGUUGUCGAAACUCCCUCCUAUAGCAUUCGCUUGUUUAGAUGAAGCUCACUGUUUAUCUCAGUGGUCACAUAAUUUUAGGCCUUCAUAUCUUAUGAUUUGCCAAGUUUUACGAGAAAAAUUUGGUGUAAAAACACUUUUAGGACUUACGGCUACUGCUACCAUCUCAACGGUUUCGAGUAUUGCUAGUGAAUUAAAGUUAGACGACAGUUCAGAUGCUGUUAUUAAAGACACUCCUCUACCAGAUAAUCUCUUGUUGAGUAUUUCCAGGGAUAAAGGCCGCGAUAAUGCGUUGAUAAGUUUGUUAAAUGGAGAACGCUUUAAAAACUGUAAUUCAAUAAUUAUUUACUGCAUUAGACGUGAAGAAUGUGAGCGCAUUGCGUCUUGUAUUCGUACCACUUAUCAGUCACAACACACCAAUAACGGUAAACGAGGUCAAUUGUCUCAAAUUGCCGAGCCUUAUCACGCUGGGCUGACAGCGGCAAGAAGAAAACGGACACAAAAACAAUUUAUGGAUGGUCAUUUAAAAAUUGUGGUGGCAACCGUUGCUUUUGGUAUGGGAAUAAAUAAAUCCGACUUGCAAGGCAUCAUACAUUAUAAUAUGGCAAAAAGCUUGGAAAGCUAUGUACAAGAAAUCGGGAGAGCUGGCCGUGAUGGAAAUGUUGCUCAUUGCCAUAUGUUUUUGGAAUCUGAGGGAAAUGAUAUAGCCGAGUUGAGUCGACAUAUAUACGCUAAUUCUGUAGAUCGUGCAGCCAUUCGUAAGCUCCUGGAAAGAGUUUUUGUUCAGUGUAAAUGUAAAGGAGACGAGUGUACAAAACAUGAAGUGGCUUUCGAAGUUGAAGACACUGUGUCGAGUUUGGAUAUGAAACAGGAAAAUAUUCAAACACUAUUGUGUUAUCUCGAAUUGGACACAAAUAAAUUAGUAAAAAAUUUGCCAUUAUCGUAUAUUCAAUGUAAAAUAACUAGCUAUAAAGGACCAGCGUUUUUGAAGCAGUUAUCAAAAACGUGUCCACCACUUGCUGUAGCUUAUGCUUUGAAAGAAAAAAGUGGAAAAUCUGUUAGUCAAUUAAAUCAAUUUGAUUUUUCUAUUUUCGAAGUUGCAGCCGCUAUUGGGUGGGACAGUGGAAUAAUAAAAAAAGAAUUGAAAAAUUUAGAAUGGUCAAAUAAAAAUGGAAAAUAUCAAAAAAGCGGAGUGUCAGUUGAAUUUUCUUGCCUUGGCUUCAGAGUACUUGCACCUGGUAAUAUGACUGCUGAACAGUUGGACUCUACACUUUGUAAUCUUUAUCAAAGAACUCAUCAACAAGAAGCUAAAUCCCUUGCCGAGCUGCAGUUCUGUUUCGAAACAUUUAUGAGUGUGUCAACGGCUUCAUAUUCAGAGUGUUGCGAUGAUGUAGACAUCGAGUUGUGCGAAAAACUGAAGAAACAUGUAAGAUUCUUCUUUACUUCGGACAACCUGACGAUGCUAUUGGAGAAAAAACAUGAUGAAGUGAUAUUAAAUAUACAAGAAGAAACUCGAGUAGCGAGUGACGUGAACCGCUUGUAUAAUAGUUAUAUUGAUUGUAAAUUUACCGCACGGGCUAUGGCAAGAAUUUUCCACGGAGUAGAAAGUCCCAAUUUUCCAGCAUAUGUUUGGGGACGAUCACCUUUUUGGCGAAGUCAUAUUAAAACUGACUUUAAUGCUAUAUGCAAAAUAGCUCAAAAACAAAUAAUUUCACGUUUAAAAUGACUUGACUAACCAUAAGCAUUACUUUAUUAUUAUUCAAUUUUUAAGAAUAUUAAAUAA